AUGACUUCGUUGGGCCCUUCCCUGAAGGAGAAGGCUGGCGGUCCUUCCAUCAAGGUGCCAUUCAGCAAGGAGAAUCUUCCAAAACAGCUGUUUAUCAAUAAUGAGUACGUGGAUUCCAAACACGCAAAGAAAUUGGAACUUUUCAAUCCUAAGGAUGGCUCUCCGAUAGCCAAUGACGUCGCACUAGCUGGCGAGCAGGAUGUAGAUGCUGCCGUUGCAGCGGCCGAAGCAGCUUUCCCGUCAUGGCGCAAGACUCUGCCGACUGCUCGGCGAGAUAUGAUGCUGAAGCUCGCCGACUUGAUUGUGGAGAACGGAAAGGUCCUCGCGGAGCUUACACGGAUAACUCUUGGUGCUCCAUUUGGAUCAUUUGGCUCCUUUGAGAUCAACCUCGCAGCUGAGGGCUUCAGAUAUUACGCUGGGUGGAUUGACAAGUUUGCUGGCGAGACCUAUCCGCAAGACGAUGGAUUCCUGAAGAUCGUCCGGAAUGAGCCUCUUGGUGUCACCGCUGGUAUCAUCCCGUGGAAUGGUCCUCUUGGAAAUGUUGGCAUGAAGGCUGGUCCUGCCCUUGCCACCGGUAACACCUUCAUUCUGAAGCCUUCUGAGAAGACUCCUUUUGCGGCACUUGCUCUGGGGUACCUCAUCAAGGAGGCCGGCUUCCCGCCUGGUGUGUUCCAGAUUCUGUCUGGCGAUGGCUCGACGGGUGCUCUCUUAGCGAGUCACAUGAAGGUUCGCAAGAUCAGCUUCACAGGAUCGACAGGAACAGGACGCAAAAUUCAAGAGAUGGCAGCUAAAAGCAAUCUCAAGCGUAUCACACUCGAGCUUGGUGGCAAGAGCCCCGCUGUUGUGUUUGAUGACUGUAACCUGGAGAAUGCGAUCACAUGGUGUGUAAAUGCUAUCACUGCAAAUACCGGUCAGGUCUGCUUUGCCGCGAGCCGAGUCUAUGUACAAGAAGGCAUCUACGACAAGUUUGUCGAGGGGUACAAGAAGGCGAUGGAGGAGCGAGCAGGAACUAUUGGUGACCCAGAUGCGGAGAGCACCGUCAUGGGACCACUGGUGGACAAGGCCCAGUACGAUCGAGUCACUGGCUUCAUCCAACGCGGACAGAGCCAGGGCACACUGCUGACAGGAGCUGGUCAAGUUGGCGAUAAGGGCUAUUACGUCCAGCCGACCGUAUUUACAAAUGUGGCUCAGGAUGCCGAGAUUUGCAAACAAGAGAUCUUCGGUCCCGUUGCGGUGCUGAACAGUUUCAAGACGGAGGAGGAGAUCAUUGAGAAGGCAAAUGACACCAACUUCGGUCUGAUGGCAGGCGUCUUCACUCAAGACAUCAACAGAGCCAUGCGCAUCUCAAGCGAGAUUGACAGCGGUAUGGUCGGCAUCAACUGUGUCAGCCUGUGCUUCCUGACAGCACCCUUUGGUGGUAGCAAGGAGAGUGGUGUUGGCCGCGAGAACGCCAUCAAUGCACUCCGCAUGUUCACGGAGCCGAAGACUGUCAUGGUUAACCUAACUUAUUAG